GUGUUUGAUAUUGUUGGUAACUUUUUUUUUAAGUUUCGAAGAAUUACUUGAACUUAUCUAAUCUAUCAAUUUCAAAUAUUCUCAGGGUAAUGCCACCAGACAUGGCGAUCUCGAUGCGCCACACUAAGCUGAAGGCGGAGGAGGCUGCGCUGCUGGCCGGCGAGCUCAACAAGCCCUCCUGGGAGUCCCGCAACGAGGGCAUCCACGAGAGGGUCAGCUUCGAGGACUCCAUCUGGGGGUUCGACCUGGCUGGUGGAGUGUACUACAAGACCCCUUUGAGAGUUACCUAUGUAAAACCCGACAGUCGCGCUGAGAAAGCUGGUAUCAGGGCGGGAGACAAACUCCUGAGGAUCAACGACGUGGACACCUCAACCCUGACCAUCCAGCAGGCGCACGACAUCAUCAUAGAGUCAGGGAUACACCUCAAGCUAUCCGUCACAUCACCUGAUGAUGAGGAGGAUGCCUACUACUGCUACGAAGAUCCUAUUUUGGAUGGUUACGACAGUGAGGAGGAGAGACGAAGGGAAGAAGAAAAGGCCAGAAAGAGGAGGGUUUGUGCACGAGUGAGCCACUUCUGGAGUCUACAAUGGCCGUGGGUCAGCAAGAGACGACUCAUAUACAGAGAAUCAAAUUGUUUCAUGGUGCCCAGCAAAUAUGAAGAAGCACGAAGAGACAAAUACCCACCUCUCCCAGUAUUGCGAUACACCGAUGAAAUAGUCCAUUUCAGCGCAGAUCAGGAAAAAGAAAACAAAAAGCGUAUUCCAUCGUUAACGGAGGUCAAAGAAAAGGCAAGGAAAGCCAGACAGGAACGACUAGCAAACGGCGACGCAGUGAGUGACAUAACUGAUGAUGGGUCAGUACGUAACAUGGAUGAAGAUGAAAAACCAGCAGAUGACGAAUCUAUGGCACCAUUGAAUGAAGAAGAAAGUAAACAAGAGGACGAGAGAAAUGUAGAAGAAAUGAAGGAAGCGACAGAACCAGAAAAUAAAGAAGAAAGUAAUGUAAGCGUCGAUGAUGAAGUAAAAGAAAAUGCUGAUGAAGAAAUUAAAGAAAGCAGUGAAACAGCUGACGAAGUGGUCAAUGACGCUGUUGAAUCCGCUCCCGAAGAAAAAGCGGAGGAACCCAACGAUUUAUUAAGUCCCAUACCUGAGGCUGCUGAAGAAAGAAACCUAGAAAUGGAACAAGAACCUGCUGCAGAGGAAGGAACAGAAAACGGUGAUGUUGUAAUGAACGGUGAUUUAAAUGAUGAUGAGAUGAUCAAUGAAGUGCUGGGCAAGUCAAACGAAAACGUACCCAGAGGUGAAGAGGACAAUAUCUUAGAUAGUAUUUUAAGUGACGAAGGACAGAAUUUGGAGAAUUCUGAAUCCAAUAACGAAAGAUAAAAGACUUUGUUUAACAAUAUUAAUUUAACUUACUCAAGCAAAAUCCUUGGAUUGGAUGGGCUAUGAGUAAACGCUACAGUGGUGCCAAAUAAGGCUGCCAUAGUGUAGAACGAUUAUUUGUGAUACUUUUAGUAAAAUUGAUUCUCAUUUUCAUAUAUUUAGCAUUUACCACAAAAUAAAUUGUCAAUUCAUGCAGAAAGAUUAAACAAUUAGUAUUGUCAUUUGUUUCCAAUCAAUUGAGUUCUAAAUUAACUUGUGAUUAGUGUCAUUACAAUUGGUUCAGUGGUUAAUAUAAACUGGUAUCCCGGUCAAUAGAUCAUGAGUUUGAUCUCGUGCCAGGCUCUUUGUUGAAAGAGAAAAUAACACCUGGCUUUAAUUAGAUAGAGUACAAAUAUAGUUUUAAAGGUAUUUAAGUGUAAGAUCAUGUAGUUAAGUAUUAUAAGUGCCGAAUUAAUAUCGAAUAUUAAAGUUAAGAUGAAAAUCA